AUGCUUAUUAUUAGAUUGGGCCAAAACCCAUUUAAACUACCUCAUUGGCUAGCAAUUAAGGGAUAUCUAAUAUCUUGCUUCCAUAAGUGUCAGUUAAAAUCAUCUGUUCUACGAUGGUUUAAUGACUAAGAAGAAUAUUUAACUGAGAGAAACUAUUAUAUAAAGUAUUCCAAGCAGUAAUAAGAUAAGUACUAAAUAUAUAUAACUUCUGGAGUGGUUGAGGCAAAAUUGUUUUAUAUUGCCUUUAAAAUGCUUGGUUUGUCACUAAAAUCUCAACUUAAAAUGAGAUAGCAGCAAAUUAGCUACAAUAAGAUAAUUGAAUUAGGACUUGCCCUCGUAAAUUACAUUGUUUAAUUCUUUAUAUAGUUAGAUCAGAUUGAAUUGGUUCAUAAAGUGGGAUAUGUACACAAGGAUAUAAAGCCUGAAAACAUCUUAUUUAACUAAACUAAUUAUUAAAGAAUCAACUAUUCUUAAGUAACUCUUAUUGAUUAUGGCAUUUCAAAAGAAUAUUUGGAUAUUGGAGGAAAGCAUAUAAUAAACAAGAAAAUAGACCACUUUACGGGGAAUUUGUAUUUUAGCAAUUCAUCUAGAAGAGAUGAUAUAAUUUCCUUAUUUUACUUACUGAUCUACUUGAGUAGGGGAACAUUACCAUGGAUAGGUUGUAUUACUCCACCCUUGAAUUAAGAGAAAUAUAACCAAAUAAUAUCCUUGAAAGAAUAGCAUUUCCAAUAAGCUCAAGUCAAUAGCCAUAAUUGCCCUCUUGCUAAAUUAUUAGUUAAAAGUUAAGGUAUCAAGUUUAGUGAGGACCCUGACUACAAUUAUUUAAGGAAAAAAUUAAUUCAAAUUCUGGUGGUUGAGGAUUAGAAAUACCACCAUUAGAGAGCACAUACAACAGUAGAUCUUUCAAAUAUAUUGAGUCAAAAUUCUAAAAAGACAGAGUUCACCUGCUCUCUAAACAUAGAUAUAGUUAACGUAAUUGGAUGGAAAUUGCUCAAGAUAGUCCAUUUCCCCAGAGAUUUAACCAUCGUUUUAACAAAAGUUAGAAUAGAUACUUUGAAUGAUUGCUAGAGUUGUCUUAAAAUACAACCUAUUGCUAUGAGUGGUUGCUUAGAAGUUAAAAGAUUAAAAAGAACAUCUUCAAUGAAGUUACCCAUUGAAUUAAAUAAUGAAGUUGAUAUAGAAUAAAUGAAUCAAAAUUCAGCUCUGAUUGAUGAUGAAUUGGAUUACUUAGAUAUUGCUGAUGAAGAAAUAACCCAAGACUCACCAAUAAGCGAACUACAUGAAAAAUACAUUUACAAUAGCAAUGAAAUUUCCAAAAUUUGUAGUAAGAUAAAUAAAAAUUCAAUGAUGCUCUGA